AUGCCGAUUCUCGACUUGAUCGCAUCCAUCACCGGCGAGAAGCCGUCAGCGUCUUCGACCCCGGCAUCCCGUCCGAGCACGGCGUUGCCAAAGCGCAAGGCGGAGGAUGAUAUUCGGCCGGCAGGCACCAAAGUGGCUCGCGUUGAUUCGUUAUCGGAGAAGUCCUCGAGGCCGAGCGGCAACUCGCCAAGGCCAUCUCCUCGCCCUGCGGAUCGACCACUUGGCGGUUCUAGCGACAAGGCAAUUUCGAAGCCACAGCCUGCCUUGGACAAGAGGUCCUUGACCGACAAGCCGAAUGUGCAUCAAGUUCGAGCUGGGAGUGCCGGGACGAGGCCUUCAAAUGGCAGCAAACCGUUGCCUUCUCGACCGGCGCCCAACCGGCCGAGCCCCACAGACUCUGGUCCGCCGAAAAAGCGGUCCUAUGCGGAGAUCAUGGCGCGUGCAAAGGCCAACUCGGAGCAUAGGGAGUCUCUUGGAAAGAUUCAGCACAAGACAGUGGAACGGAAUAUGACAAUGAAAGAACGUAAGGAAAUGAAGGUGGAAGACGCAAGGAAGUCAAAGACAGGCACGAGAAAACCGACGACUGCGCGGUCCGGCCCUACAAGCGCGUCUUUUCGAGACGUUGCAAAGUCUCCUGGCGCGCGGGGCGGUCUCUCCGGAUCGGCAAAUCCCAAGAAGACGGCACCAGCUGAAGAGAAGAAAGUCAAGAAGGCGGCGCUGGCGACAACGGGAUACACCGGUACCGCACGACCGCGGCCCGGCUCGUCGACUGUCACUAAAUCCGGCGCAGCAAGUCGCCCUAGCUCUGAAGGACGGCCUCGUGAUCGACCUCGAUACGGUGGCCCCGUCUCGUCUUCGCGGAGUCGUCGCGAGGAAGAGGACGAGAUGGACGACUUCAUCGUCGAUGACGAGGACGAGGACGAGGCGCCUGGCUAUAACACUGCUCGCCAGUACCGGUACGACUCAUACGAAGAGGAGUCCGACAUGGAGGCCGGCAUAUCAGAUAUUGAGGAUGAGGAACAGCUGGCUGACCGCCAAGCCCGGCGCGAGGAUCUCGAGCAGGAGGCUUUGGAGAAGCGGUUGAAGCGAGAAAAAGAGGAACGGAGGCGUAGAUUUCUCGAGGCCACCAAGUCCAAGGCUGGUCGCUAA